UUCAGCACCAACGUAUUAAGUCUCAAUCCAGAUGACCCCAAUGUCUGCAGUCACUGGGAGAGCUAUGCUGUGACUGUCCAGGAAUCCUACGCUCACCCGUUCGACCAGAUCUACUACACCAGAUGCACAGACAUCCUCAACUGGUUCAAAUGCACGAGGCACAGGAUCAGCUAUAAGACGGCUUACCGGCGGGGGGUGAGGACCAUGUAUAGGCGCCGCUCACAGUGUUGCCCUGGUUACUUUGAAAGUGGAGACUUGUGUGUUCCCUUGUGCACCGAGGAGUGUGCCCACGGCCGCUGUGUGUCUCCCGAUACAUGCCAGUGUGAGCCCGGUUGGGGGGGACUGGACUGCUCCAGUGGCUGUGAGAGUGACUUCUGGGGACCUCAUUGCAGUAAUCGGUGCCAGUGCCAAAACGGGGCCAAGUGUAACCCCAUCACAGGUGCCUGUGUCUGCACCGACGGCUACCAGGGCUGGCGAUGUGAAGAGCCCUGUGAGCACGGUUACUAUGGCAAGACGUGCCAACUGCCCUGCCAGUGCCUCAAUGGUGCCACCUGCCACCACGAGACGGGAGAGUGCAUCUGUGCACCAGGGUACACAGGGGCUUUCUGUGGCGAGCGCUGCCCCUCCGGUAGUCAUGGGCUCCAAUGUGAGCAACGCUGCCCGUGUCAGAACGGAGGCACGUGCCACCACAUCACCGGCGAAUGCUCCUGCCCUGCUGGAUGGACGGGCUCCGUCUGUGCUCAGCCGUGCCAUUUUGGCAAGUAUGGCAUCAACUGCAGCAAGGACUGCUCCUGUCGUAACGGUGGCCUUUGCGACCACAUCACGGGGCAGUGCCAGUGUGCAGCCGGAUUUAGUGGACGGAGGUGCCAGGACGAGUGCCCAGUGGGCACCUACGGUCCCCAGUGUAAGCAGAAGUGCGACUGUCAAAACGGAGCCAAGUGUCAUCAUAUCAACGGCGCCUGUUUGUGUGACACAGGGUUCAAAGGGCCAAACUGCCAGGAGAGGUUCUGCCCCCCCGGCCUGUAUGGCCUCAUCUGUGACAAGUACUGCCCUUGUAAUGCCACCAACACUGUGAGCUGCCACCCUUUGUCUGGUGAAUGCACCUGUUCUGCAGGAUGGACAGGGAUUAACUGUAAUGAAACAUGCCCACCAGGCUUUUAUGGGGAGGGCUGCAUGCUGCCCUGCGACUGUGCCAAUGGAGCUGACUGUCACAGCGUCACAGGUUCCUGUAUAUGUGCCCCUGGGUUCAUGGGUGAGGACUGUGCAUCAGUGUGCCCCCCGGGUCUGUAUGGACCAGGCUGUCUGUCCUCCUGCUCCUGUCACAAUCAUGCCUCCUGCUCUCCCAUUGAUGGCUCCUGCAUCUGCAAGGAAGGAUGGCAGGGUGUGGACUGCGCCAUUCUCUGUUGGAGCGGUACUUGGGGUCUGGGCUGUAACCAGACAUGCCUGUGUGCCAACGGUGCUGCAUGUGAUCCUAUAGACGGUGCCUGUACAUGCUCUCUCGGGUGGAGGGGAGAGUACUGUGACCAGUCCUGCCCGGGUGGAACUUACGGAUUGGAGUGUCGUGAACACUGCGACUGUGGCCACGCUGAUGGCUGCGACACGGUGACUGGCUACUGCCGUUGCUACGCAGGAUGGACCGGGAUCCGCUGCGACAGUGUGUGUCCGCAAGGCUACUGGGGCCCCAACUGCUCGGUCAGCUGCUCCUGUCAAAACGGAGGCUCCUGCUCCCCGGAGGACGGCACGUGUGUUUGCGCGCCCGGAUACAGGGGGACCUCCUGUAAAAGAGUUUGCUCCCCUGGCUUCUAUGGGCACCGCUGCAGCCAGCUAUGCCCUCAGUGUGUGCACAGCACCGGGGCAUGCCACCAUGUCACAGGCCUCUGUGAGUGUCUGUCCGGUUUCACCGGCACUCUGUGCAGCCAAGUGUGUCCAAGCGGCAGGUAUGGGAAAGGCUGCGCUGAGAUCUGCCUCUGCACUAACAAUGGCACCUGCAACCCCAUCGACGGUUCCUGCCAAUGCUUACCAGGCUGGAUAGGGGAGGACUGCUCCCAGGCCUGUCCCACGGGGCAAUGGGGCCAUGACUGCCUCAACUCAUGUAACUGUCACAACGGAGCCCCGUGCAGUGCCUACGAUGGGGAGUGCAGGUGCAACCCCGGUUGGACAGGUCUCUUCUGCACACAGAACUGCCCUCCGGGGUUCUAUGGCAGGGACUGCUCCGAGGUGUGUCGCUGUCAGAACGGGGCAGACUGCGACCACGUUACUGGACAGUGUACCUGCCGAACAGGCUUCAUUGGUACUAUCUGUGAACAGAAGUGUCCUCCUGGUACAUUUGGCUAUGGGUGCCAACAGUUGUGCGAGUGCAUGAACAAUGCCACCUGUGACCACGUGACUGGAACAUGUUACUGCAGCUCUGGGUAUAAAGGCAUCCGCUGUGAUCAAGCAGCUCUGAUGAUGGAGGAGCUUAAUCCCUACACUAAGAUCAGCCCAGCCCGAGGUUCUGAGCGCCAGUCUGCAGGAGCCGUCAUGGGCAUAAUUUUCCUCCUCCUCAUCAUCAUGGCUAUGCUCAGUCUGUUUGUGUGGUACAGGCAGAGGCAGAGGGAUAAGGGCCAUGAAAUGCAACCCAGUGUGUCCUACACACAGGCAAUGCACAUCACCAACACUGACUACUCCCUCUCUGAGUGUGGCAGUACUGUAGCGAUGAGGCCCAGUACAAUUGAGGUCAGUCAGGCUCAAAGCAGCAAUAGCAGUGACCAGUGCUUCUCCAACCCCAGCUACCAUACUGUGGCACAGUGUAACGUUGCCUCGGCGCUCCCCAGCAACCUGGAUGGCACACUGACCCUCAAAUCAAGCACACUGAAAAGCAGAAAUGGCUCAGAGUGGAGAGCGUACUGCAACCUCAAUGACCUAGAUUAUAUCAAGGGCCCGUUGUGCAGCAACAGCUCGUGCUCCCUGAAUAGUGAGAACCCGUAUGCCACCAUCAGAGAUCCACCGGGGCUGGCCUGUAAGCACACAGAGAGCAGUUAUGUGGAGAUGAAGUCCCCCUCCCACCGUGAAGUGCCCUUUGGUGGCACUGCCACCCUUCUGGGCAGCGCCAGCAGGAAUGUCUAUGAUGUUGAGCCAACAGUGAGUGUACUUCAGGGACCAAAUGGAUUGGCCACUGGCUUCUCCCAGAGCCCCUAUGACCUACCCCGUAACAGUCACAUCCCCAGCCAUUACGAUAUCCUCCCCAUGCGUCACAGCCCUACGCACACACCCCCACCCCCUCCAGAGAGCCCCAGCUCCCUGCUUUAG